GGGUAACGCCUCUUGUGUCGAUAGGAAACGAAAAGGUUGAGGGGGAAAAAACUUGAACCAAAAUGGCGACGAAGAUAUGCCUGUCUAUUGGAAAACAAUAGAAAUAUCAAAGGGGGCAGAGUUGGAUUAUUGUAUGUCGUUGCACUUUGGUAUUUGCCAAACAAAAGACCAAGGACCACCGUCGGUUAGUCUAUAGUUACACGUGGACAACUUAAAUGUAUUUAUUUAGCUAAUCAGAAUAUCAUGCUUUGUUAGGGUAGGCUAGCUAGCUCAGGCAGGCUAGCGCACAUCCGUAGCAGCUCGAGCUGGUGUUAGCAGCGCGAGCCAGGCGGUGUCUCGGGGAUCAGCUGUUUGCUCGCUCGCGAACACCUCAGCAUUUCGUUAACUAAGUUAACACGCGGCGUUCUCCCAGUACUCAUUGACACACUUUUGUGAAGUGUUGUUGCACAGAAGUAUAGGAAAUGUAAAGUAUCUGAUUUACUCUGUCCAAGUUAGCUUGAUUACUAAUCGUGGAGACUGAGCUAACUUUAGUAGCCAGAGCUGUGGAACCAGCCAGCGUUACUCGCUCUGCUAGCUAACUUUUAGCCAACUAACUUUCACCAUGAGAUUGGUGUGUUGCAUGUAGCAUUAGCCAGCAUUCGGAGUAAAAGUUGGGUAAGUGAAUAGAAAGAUUUUCAUUCAAUUAUUGUCGCACCUGCUAUUAAUCUCAUUCAAAUGUUGGACCUUGUGGUUUCAUGUUAAGGGACGGUUAGUAACUCGUUGCUUGUUGAGUAGCUGAACAGUGUGAAAGUUCGGAUCUUUUGUUGCUCGCUUUCCAACUUUAUUUAGCCAGAGGAAUGUAACUAGCUGUCUAGCUUACGUUAGCUGGCAAGUUUGUGCUAACAAUGUAGUUUCAUCGGCUAUCUAGCAAGCAUAUCAUCGAGACUAAUAACUGACAACAUGUUUUAGUAUAUGGCAAUUAAAUUGCACCGGUUGUUUUUCUCGUUUCAUUAAUAUUCAUUGUUGCUGCGAUUUGUUUUCGGACUUACUAGCCAGUACUGACAGGCCCCUGUUCUCGGUUGAGAUAUUUGAAGGGUUUGGCCAGGAUGCAACACACACAGCUCGGCAUCUUCUGUUAUCGCAAUGGUUAAAUUAGAACUUCCCUCGCUGCCUUCUUACAUGCGUUUUCCCAAUACAAGUGUGUUGUGAAAAUAGGCCAACAUUAGCAAGACAAAGGUUGACUCCAUGGCAGUGGCAGAUCAGUCUUUGUAAAGGGGUAGGGGGUGUAAACGCCCACACUGAAAAGGAGCGAAUUCAGCAUUUUAUCCGGACUGCCGAAACCUGAGUCCAGAGUUUACAACAGUCUUUAUUGAUGAUGGCGGAUUUUGUUGUGCCGCCGCCGCGACACAGCGCGGUGAUGGAGCGGCUCCGCCGUCGAAUCGAGCUCUUCAGGCGGCACCACAACAGCUGCGAGAACCGAUACCAGAACACGGCGAUGGAGCGUCUGGAGUUGGAACGACAGCAGACCUUUGCACUGCACCAACGCUGCCUGCAAACUAAGGCCAAGCGGUCUAGUAAGCACAGACAGCCACAACCAAAUUCAGACCAGGCUCUUCAGAGAGGGCACACGACCGGUGGCAGUAACGCAGAGCAAGGGGACGGCGCAACACCGGGAGAUCAGAACCGAAACAGCACUUUGAUUGCGCUGCAGGAGACAGUUCGGAGGAAGCAGGAGAGCUCUGUCUCCCCGCUGGGACGAGACCAGGUCAACGGCUACAGCGACGGCUACCCCCCUUCCAAGAAGGCCUGCCUGGACAACGGCAUCUCCACCUUGCCCCCCCGCUCCCCCCUGGACAGCAAGCAGGGCCUGGGCGUGGACGCCCUCCUACCCAACGGUAACCAUGGCACCAACAGGAAGCCCGGGGGCCUGGUGGGUGGGGCCUCGGAGCAGGAGUUCAGGCUGAAGGAGAUGAAGCAGGAGCCGGUGGAUGAUGUGCUCCCAUGCAUGCUCCCAGGAGGAGGGCCUGGCAGCAACCUGUUCCCCGACCUCAACCUCAACGAGCAGGAGUGGACUGAGCUGAUGGAGGAACUCAACCGCUCGGUGGCCUACGAGGACAUCCAGGACAUCCUCAACGACGGCUUCGACGACCGCAAGGAUCCGCCGGAGCUGGGGUCCGGGAGCGCGGGGGGCGGGAUCUCUGGCCCCUCCUCCCAGGGCCUCCUCCCUCCAGACCUGGCCUGCGUCAAGUCAGAGUUCUCCCCGGUGUCGGCUGCCUUCGAGCAAGACUCCCGCACCGCCUCGCCCCACGUCAGACCCACCUCCUCCGGGCCUCCAGUCCACACCACCAACUCCCCCGCCACCGCCACAUCCUCCAAGGCCUCUUCCCCGGGCCUGCCCCAGCCCCUCUCCCAGCCUCCCCCCCCCUCCCGCCAGCCCCUCUCCCAGCCUCCCCCACCCUCCCGCCAGCUCCCUCCCCAGCCCCACCUCCUCCCUCCCGGCCCCGUCUCCAAGGACCUGUCCCCCGCUCAGCAGCUCCAGCAGUUGGCAGCCCAGCAGCAGAGAGCUCAGCAGAUCCAGAACCAAUUCCAGCACCAACAGGCCCAGAAACAGCAGCAGCAACAACAGCAGCAGCUCCAGUCUUCCAAGUUCCACCCUGCUGGACCUCAUCCUCACACGCCGUCCUGGCCCGCCACCACCAACCCGUCCCAGACCCCCCUGGGGCCCGCCUACGGCCUGGAGAAGCCUUCCAGCCCCUCCCUCUACCCCCAGGACUUCCCCAGCAACCCCAAACAGCUCAUGAUGCCAGGCCAGCCCAACAAGGGGUCCCCUAAGGCCGGGGCAGGGGGGGCAGGGGGCUACCUGCAGCCUAACAUGUUGGGGCACCCCACCCCGGGGGCCCCUCUCAGCCACCCUGGGUCUGCGGGGGGCCAGGCCCCGUCCUCCAUGCUGAACUACAACAACACUAAGCCCCUGUCCCACUACGAGGCGGGGGCCUCUGGGCCCCCCCGGGGGCCCCCCAACACCCAGAGCCAGAACAAGGCAACUCUGCUGUCUCUCCUUCGCCAGCAGCAGCAAAUGAAGCAGAAAGCAAGCCUGGCCUUCUGUCCCCACGCUCAGCAGGACCAGGCCUCCUACCCUGCUGCCCCCCAGGGCCCCGGGCCUGGCAGCUCCAUGCCCCAGCCACCAGGGGGCAGCAUCAUGCAGCCCAACCACGGCAACCCGGCCUUCCUUAGCAACCCUGCUGCAGUUCUGAAACAGCAGCAUCACCAGCAGCAGCAGCAACAACAGCAGCAGCAGCUGCAGUUCCUCCUGAGCCAGAGACAGCAGCAACAGAUGAUGGCUGAACAGGAGAAGCAGCGGCAGCAGCAGGAGCAGCAGCUGCAGAGACACCUGACCCGCCCCCCCCCUCAGUACCACGACCAGCAGACACAGCCCCCCGCACAGAACCCCUUCCAGCAGACACAGGUCUCCCAGUUCCCCGGAUCCUCUCAGCCAAUGGGCAACGUGGGUUCUUUAGGCGGCCCCGCCCCCGGAACCCAGCGCAUGUUCCCCCAGACGCAAAGCAUGCUGGGUAUGAACAUGGGCCAGGGCGGUGGCCCCGCCCCUGGCCCCGCCCCCCCUGCCUCCAGCCAGGCUGACCUGAGCCUCCCUGCAUGUGGAGGAGGAGGAGGAGGAGGUAUGGAUGUCCAGCAGGUUCUCUAUAACAGCAUGGGGCUGCUGCCCGGCCACCCCUCCCAGCAGAGCGCCCUCCAGAGGCAGGCUGGGGGAGGCAUGGGCCCCCCCUACAGACACAGCAGGCUGCCCCAGCAGCCGCAGCACCUGAAGAACCAGCCCAGCGCAGCCCUGCUGAAGCAGCCUCCUCUGGCCAGGGUGCCAGGCUCCCUGGGGGCCAUGCCCAGCCCCAUGCCCAGCCCCAUGCCCAACACCCUGCAGAGUGUCCAGAGCCAGGUGUGGCCGCAGCACCAGGCCAUGCCCGCUCAGACGCCCUCCACCAACGGCAGCCUGCCGCCCAACGCCUUCUCCACCCCCAGCUCCUUCCACCUGCAGCAGCAGACUCGCAUGCCCAAGAUGCCCACCGCCGGCGCCCCCUUUGGCGCAAACACCAACGGGCGCACGAUGGGGGGCAUGACCCCCGGGCAGCAGAUGAUGCAGUCAGGCAUCGCCCCCCGGCCCGGGCCCAACCCCCAGGGUCUGGGUCUGGGCCCGCCGGUCCAGAGCCAGCAGCAGAACCAGCAGCAGCAGGUGGUUCAGAACCAGGGUGUCCUGCCUGACCUGGGGGUGUUUGGACCGGGGAACCAGGCAGGGAACCGGACGGGCCUGCAGUGUAGCCAGGGUUACCAGGUGACCCGGACAGUCGGUCAACAACCACAGCAACAGCAGCAGCAGCUGUCGUUUGGCUACAGCCCUCGGUCUGGUUUCCCUGGUGACGGGGACCUGGACACGCUCCUUAAGGGCCAGAGCACUCAGGAGUGGAUGGACGAUCUGGACGAGCUGCUAGCCAGCCACCAGUGAGCUCUCCUGCUGCCUCUCCUGCUGCCUCUCAAGCCGUCUGUCGGAGAGAGAGAGGGAGACGAGCCCAGGGAGAGAGGGAGGACCCGGGUGAGGUGUCUAGGUCAUGGCCUGUCAUGGUUUUGCUGCAACAGCGACCUGGGGGACGAACCGAAGCUGUGGUGGAUGACAAAUGCUUCUCGACACUGUUCCGACUCAGCUGAGAGCGUUGUUGUGUGUGUGUGUUGAGAGAGUGUGUGUGUACACACCAAGUGUGUAGAUGGAACGCUGAGAGCUGCACAGGCUCUGUCAGACCGAGCGUUCUCCAGGACUGGAGAACAGAGAACUUUACUACUACUAUAGUACUACUAUAAUAAUACUACUACUACUACUACUACUACUAUUACUACUGAACCUGUGGCUCAGUACCAAACCACUGAAUCCUGCACACACAGAGGGUACACACGUCCCAAGCCUACCAAAACACCGUAGUCCUUCAGUAGGGGUGUGUUGGACCCACCCUCGCCCUUCCAUCAUGGUGUGUUUGGGAAAACAAAGGAGGCCUUACGCAAAUGAUGUAUAUGAAAAUAUGCUCAGUUGCAGAGAUGGCGUAGUGACACAUUCCCCUUUGUUUGUCCACGGACAGAGACAGUGGAGUCUUCAUGUGUGGUCAGCGCUCACACUGCUGCAGAUGCUGCCAUCCCAUACUUAACUACCUACAGAGGGUUUAUUGGUCACAAACCAACAUGCACGAUAAAAACCCCUGUUGUCGUCAGUCACCGUGGUGACAAAAUAUUCAGCAUAGAUUUCACUCCAUCUGACCCUUCCUGAAGCUACUGCUGAACCAGACGGCAGCAGGGUGACUCAGAUGUUGGCCUCCACAGAUGAGACGUGUCUGCUAAAUCUGUGCUAGAUAUCGUUACCGGAUGUCACUUAUAACACAAGUGGGCAUAGUGUACCACAUCCUGUUCAGAUAGAAGCCGGGUAGGAGUUCCAAAACGGUUUUAACGUGCGAACCGUUGACUCGUCCAGUGUCAAAGGUCGUUUCCAAGAAUCAUCAUUUCCAAGAGCAGAUGGUCUUCACUUGCUUUCAAACACACCCUGAUUCUGGAGAGGGUCAUCUCUUGUGUCAGAGGAUUCUGUACAUGUAUAUAAGUAUAUUUUUUUGUAUGUAUGCAUUUCCUAUUGUUCUGGAGAAGAGAUCUUAUUUUUAUAUAUUGCACCGGAUUUUGUAAGUAUUUUAUACUUUUUAAUAUGGUUCUUUGUAAAACAAGAGUAUUAAAUGUAAAUAUAGUUCUUUAGAAAUGA